UGAAGAAGCUUCUUCGUGAAUAGAACGGAACCACCGACGCAGACGUCAUCAUAAUAAUCAGUCCCUAAGUCUCUACUCUAAUCAAUAAAAUUUAAAUCAGAUUAAUUCCCAAAAUGUAAAAUAGUACGAAAUCAAUCAGAUUACAUAAAUAAAUCUCCUGAGAAAAUGUCAAACCUCCACAACGGUUUAUUGAUUAAACUAAUCCAAAUACAGAAAGAGAGAGGAGGUAGACCUUUCUAGAGAGAGAAGAGGAAAGAGAGAAAGAGAGCUCGAAAUCUCAUCCCUGAGCUCGGGGACUAAGCAAUGGAAGAUUUCAGAUCCAAAUCAUUGGGGCAUGGAAAAAUGCAGAUGGAGAGCUACUACGGGACCGGGGCCGGGGGACCCACCUCAUCUGGGGUCAGCGGUAUGCAAGAUCUCAGGUGUUACAGUGCUUCUUACGCAGCCUCAGUCCACCCAACCCAAGCUCAGUCCCAAUCCCAAGUUGGGAACGAGGGAAAGUUGAAGAAGGGCAAGUCCACAAAUGGGUCUGUCUCCAAAAGUUGGAGCUUCAAUGAUCCAGAGUUGCAGAGGAAGAAGAGGGUCGCUAGCUAUAAAGUCUACACGGUGGAAGGGAAGGUCAAAGGGUCUUUGAGGAAGAGCUUCAGGUGGCUCAAGGAAAGGUGUAGCAGAGUGGUUUAUGGGUGGUAGCGAUUCUCCGGGAAAACCAAAAAUCGGUGAAGCUUUCCUCUUCUUUAGAGUGUUUGGGCACAGCAUGUUUUGAAAUAAAACAAAGAACUCCCAUUGAUUCAAUUAUUGUGGUUGUGGAUAAUUUGGUAUCAGAAUCUCAAGUUAAUUACUUCAUUGUUAUAUGUUUCAAGAUAUUGUUUUGUAACAUCUUUAACAAAAGCAAAAGCCUAGGUCACAUUGCCUCCCCUCCAAUAUACUUUCUAGUAUUAAUCGUAACCCAAUUAGACUCUGAACAGUCCUUUUCCAUCACUAGCUAUUGAGGCUAAUUGGUUUUGAU